CCAUCAGCAAAUGAAUGACAAAUUAAAAAGUUUUAUUUUUCUUAUAUUGGUACGAGAUUUUAUUGAUUGUUUUCUUUCAAGAUUUUCGGCCAGACGGCGACUGAAAUUGCAAGUUACUGUGAUAUAUUUAUUUUCAAUAAUUAACUAUUCUUAUCAAGCAAUUAAAUGAGCAGGGAUAUCGAGUUAUGUCUAUAAGUAAUGGAAGGUACAGAACUGGGUGGCGACCAGCAAUUCUGUUUGAGAUGGAACAAUUUUCAAGCGAAUAUAACUUCUCAAUUCGAAGCACUGCGCGAUGAUGAGGACUUCGUGGAUGUCACCCUGGCAUGCGAGGGACACAGGCUCGAGGCCCACAAAGUGGUUCUUUCGGCGUGUAGUCCUUAUUUCAAGGAAUUAUUUAAAAACAACCCAUGUCCUCACCCGAUAAUUUUCAUGCGCGACUGCGAGGUGUCGCACGUGCGCGCGCUGCUGCAGUUCAUGUACGUGGGGCAGGUGAACAUCGCGCAGGCGCAGCUCAGCGCGUUCCUGCGCACGGCCGACGCGCUGCAGAUACGCGGCCUCACCGACUGCUCGCAACACAACGACAAAGUACGUAACGUCAGAACAACCCAUGUCCUCGCCCGAUAA